UACUAAAAACUAUGCAUGACAGACAACGCACACAAUGCACAUACACACACAUGUGCUGUCUUAGUUUAGGUGCCAUGGUGGUUUAGAAUACAUACUACCUCAAUCUACCAUGGAUUUGCCCUGCAGGUGGGAGAUACUCAUUAUUAGCCUGUGGAUACAAGUGGGCUUUGUGCCUGGGAUAUAUUGCAAGGAUGGAAUUGUCAAUCAUCUGUCGAGGGAAGAUGUUUUGCUCUUAAAGGAUGAGCAGAAUCCUAAGUGUUUCAUACAGUCAGAACAGGAUUUCACCUGCUUCUUUGAGACUGCAGACAACAGGACUUAUGAUUUACUCUACACGGUAGACAGAGAGAAAAGGUGUGAAAUGUCUGUCCAGAAAACAGAAGAGGGAACUUUCCUCCACAUCUGCUCAUUUCCUGAGUCCGAUGUUUUGUUGUUUGUGGAAACACACCUUGAAGUGGUGGAGCACGACACCAACACCAGCCUCUACAGGAGGACAGUCUCUGUGGAGGACCACUUUCUCCUUCGUCCCCCCUUCAGUGUGUCUUUACACCAAAAUGGCCAAGCAGGACAGCUGCAGGUUUCAUGGCACACAAAGAUCUCAAAAUACUGGAAAAAUGAUGUGAUGUAUAGGAUUCGAUACUCCUCCAAGAGUCUGGGAGAAAAGACAAAAGAGGCAAAGGAGGGCGAAACACUAGACUCUCUAGUACCAGGGGAGGAGAUUGAGGUCCAGGUCACUGUCAAAUGCGCUUUGAAUCCAGAUGCAGGACACUGGAGCAGCUGGUCAAACCCUGUGCGAGCUGUGGUUCCCCAAAGUGCAGAUGAUAUUUCACUAAAUUGCUUCACAUCUGACCUGCGAAACAUCACCUGCCAGUGGAAUGGGAGCAGAUAUGGUGAAAAGAAUGAAUACAAACUUUUCUACAAGAUGGGUCUCUGUGAAGCUUUAGGCUGGACUGAGUGUAUCGCUGACAGGGACUUGACAGAACUGUGCCGUUUCCAUGGAGAUGAGUCCAGAAAAGUGAGGGUCAAGCUCAGCAGCACUUCAGCUCCACUCAGCAGAACCUUCUUCACUCAAGAGUUCACUCUCAACAAGAGCAUCAAAACAUCCCCACCAUGUCACCCGAGAGGAGCAUUGGAGAAAGACAAGUUGUGCUUAAAAUGGAAAGCUCCUCUUCCGUCUCUGUCGAGUCACAUGCAGUAUGAAGUCAGCUACCAAAUGAGAGGGAGUGAAGCAUGGAUGGCGGUGUCGCUAAAGGGUCCUGAGACCGGCACAUGUCUGGAGGUUCCAACAGGUAGCACGUACAGCGUUAAGAUCAGAGCUAAACCUAACAGCUACAUUUACUCAGGCCACUGGAGUGACUGGUCAGAUGUGCUUACCGGUGACACCCCCACUGACAUAGACAAAUUGAUCGUGCUGUGUAUUCCCGUCUCGAUGCUGAUACUUGCCAUCAUCCUGAUCUCCUUGUCGUCCACAUACCUCAGUAAGCUCAAACAGUAUUUUUGGCCACCGGUGCCCAACCUUGACAAAGUCCUACAAGGUUUUCUGACAGACCUCGACGGACUGAGAUGGAAUCCUCCAAUAACAGCAAAGCAGUGCUCUGAGGAAACCACUUCAUCCGUGGUGGAGAUCAUGUCUGAAGAUGAGCUUUCAGAAUUGGGGAAGGUAUCAGGGGGAUCCACCCAGCUCUGCAGCGGAGAACAGAUGGUCGUGACGGGAGUCUUCACAGACUAUGUGACUCUGAACAAAGACAGUGUCAUUCUUUUCCCAAAAGGAAACAAGUAUGUCUACGAGGAGGUUGGAGAGAAAGAAGGGCCGGGGGUGAGUGAUGUGCUCUUCUCAGUGUGUCUGCCAUCCUGCUCGGGCAGUGACUUUCUUAACAAUUCCUACUUGCCUCUGGCAAAGCCUGAAGACAAAUUCGACUGCACGGUCACUGCUGCAAGGGGGCCAGGCAACCUCUAUACUAAUUUCCCCUGUAGCUAAAUGUACAGCAUAACAAGUGUACUUUCUUUCCACUGGUGCAGAUUAGAUGUAUAUUUUCUUAUUGAUAUAGAAAUGAGGCUUCGAGGUGCCUUGCUCAAGGGCACCUCGGCAGUGUCAAAUCAAGGAUUAAUGCACCCUGUGGCUUAAAAAAAGAUUUCCCCAUGUAAUCAAAGUUUAGUGGGGGUUAAUUUUGAUCAUGGCAUAAUCUUUCUGAUCAUUUCUGUCACUAUACAGUCUUUUGAAGCUGAAAUGUCAUGAGUGUACCACAUCUUUGAACAUAAAAUACCUAGGUGAUUGUAUCAACAUUUGAACACAAGAAAUAUAACAUUUCUAUGACUGUUAAAAGAUAUUUAGGACUUAUAUUUACUUAUAUUUAAGACUGUAUUGUAUGGAACCUGUUAACAAUAAUGAACUUGUAUUGCUGUUCUAUGCUUAGAGUAACUUGGACAAAAAAUGAAAAAAAAGAAGAAAAACUACAUAGAAAAGGAAGUGGCAUGAGGAACUGGGACUAUUACACAAUGUGAAAGUUUAGAGUUUAUAAACAUUUUUAAUUUAACAGUCGAAUGCAAUUUUAUCUAAAAGAUUACCUCAAUCAAUUUUUGUGUAUUUUAUUAUUUUCUUCUAAAUGAUCUGUAUCUUUAAAAAAAAACCACAGGAUUAAUUAUUUGUUUGUUUUAUACUCAUUUAUAUUGUACAUAUUUUUGUGGAUUUCUUAAUAAGUUUAUGUAGUUCCUUUGAGUCCCAUUUGAGGUUGAGGAGGCUGACUGUGAUGUGAGGUGUAACCAAAAAAUUCUUCCCUGUAACCGCCAAAACAAGCUUUUAGUUCAUUACGUAUUACAUCAUAACUGCAGGGUUUGUAUUUCUGGCAAUAAAUAUUGAAAAGUUUUUUCUUCAAGUUGCAUUUUCUGUGAAGAAAACCUUUUUGACUACAUGUCAAACCAUAUCAUAAGAGACACUUUAGAAUAUUUAAGUGACUCAAGCAGCUUUUCUUGCCUCCGACCAAAGAGCAACUGCAUGUCGUGUGCCUCGAUGCAAACCUUAUGUUUGUCUGUCUUACAAUUUUUGUUACACUAGGUGGUAGCAGAGAUCAACGGGCAGAGAUGGGUUGUCUGUGUUGUCAUAGCGAGUCAUUACUAAGACGAUGCUAGUUAUUCUGUCGGUUAUUAUGUCGGUUUGACUAAUUUGUUUUCCGUCUUUGUUUUAGCUGUUUUAAGUUUUAAAUGCACUGUAAGGCGACCUUGGAUGUCCUGAAAGGCGCCUCUAAAUAAAAAGUAUUAUUAUUGUUA